CGGGGCCGCGCACGCAUGGCCGCCGCCGGGGAGCCGCCGCCCGCCGCGGGCCGCCCGCUGCUGCUGUGCUCCGCGCUGCUGGCGGCCGGCUGCGCGCUGGGCCUGCGCCUGGGCCGCGGGCGGGGCGCGACGGACCGCGCGGCGCUCGCCUGGCUGUGCUGCGACGCCCUGGUGCACGGGGCGCUGGAAGGCCCUUUUGUCUACUUGUCCUUAGUAGGAAACGUUGCCAAUUCUGAUGGCUUGAUUGCAUCUUUAUGGAAAGAAUACGGCAAAGCUGAUACAAGGUGGCUUUAUCUUGACCCAACCAUUGUGUCUGUGGAACUUUUGACUGUCGUCCUGGAUGGGCUUCUGGCAUUGCUCCUCAUUUAUGCCAUAGUCAAGGAGAAAUACUAUCGGCAUUUCAUCCAAAUCAGCCUGUGCGUGUGUGAGCUGUAUGGUUGCUGGAUGACCUUCUGCCCAGAGUGGCUUGUCGGAAGCCCUAACCUCAACACCAACAGCUGGAUGUACUUCUGGGUCUACCUGGUAUUUUUUAAUGGUGUGUGGGUUCUAAUUCCAGGACUGCUGCUGUGGCAGUCAUGGCUGGAGCUCAAGAAGAUGCAUCACAAAGGAACCUAUGUAGGGAAAAAGUCUUGGUAAAUUUUCAAAAUCAUAAACACUACUGUCUUGCUUUAAGAGCCAGGAGGGACCAAACAGUUCAAUCUGUACUUUGUGUAUUAUUCUGAGCAACCUAUUUCAAAUUGCUUGUAAGGUGGCAAGUUUCUUCUUCUCCUUCUCCUUCUCCGUCUCCUUCUGCUCCUCCUCCUCUUCCUCCUCCUUCUUCUUAAUUAAAUGGCAGUAUAAGGAAAAGAGGGUCUGGGUGUGUAACUCAGUGGCAGGGAUCUUGAUUAGCAUCUGCAAGGCUUUGGGUUCCAUUCUCACAACUAUAAAAAAAGGGGGAGAGAAUUAAUUUCAACUUUUAAGUUGCAAUAAUGUCACACUUAAUUGUACAUUUUUGCAGCUGGCAUUAAUUGUUCCACAUUAAUAAAGCCAAUUAUAAUAGAA